CUUCGCCCCAUCCCCACUCAUAGUAAGUAUCCAAUAGGCGUGACGUGAGAGGUAUGGCUAUUUGUCUUCUCUUUCCUUCACCUCUCCUAUAUAUAAUCUGCCUCCUCUUCGAUAUUCUUUUUUUACCUCAUCCGCUUCGGAACACGCAAAGCCCAAUCCAUCCCCACCGCAGCAACAACAUUAAACACACAAAACGCCCACAUAAGCCCGAAAUCACGCCACCGGUUCCCGAAAUGCAUGCUCAUACCUUCCAGGAAUGCAUCGGAGGUAGCCGUCCCGCAGAAACUGCAGCUGCUGCUGUUGUAGGUGACAAGAUACCCGCCCUUCUCGAUGAUGUACGGCGCCAUGUAUUCCGCACAUGUGAUGUUGCUUGGCGCUUCAUUAGGGUUACAUUAGGCUAAUGUAAC